AUGGCCACCGCCCCCUCGGGAGAGGCCGGCAUCCCCACGCACAGUGACAGCAGGUCUUCAGACAGCCCUGCAGUGGGAUCCCAAAGUCAGGUCUCCCUCCCUGCAGAUGGUCCCGUGGCUAGCAGUGCAGCGUCAACUGAACAGCAGGAUAUAGAUCCGGCCUCCAUCAAGCCAGCUGCCUCCAAGGCCACUGCAGUGUCUGGGGACGAGAACCAGCAUGAAGGUGAAACUGAGGCAGGGCACAGGCAGGAGCGCAAGGAGGCCACCGCCCAGCUAGCCCACCCGGCCCCAGAUGCCCUGCAAACAUGCUUGAGUCUCCAGAACCUAGUGUGGGCUGGGCCGGUGCGAGAUUCGAGGAGGGCCCGGAGUCUUCGGAUUUCCCAAAGUGACUCCCUGGUUAAGGAAGAGACACCACAAACAGCGGGUGUCCCAGACAGGGAGCAAGACCUAGACCCAUCUACCCCAAGUGCUGAAGCACAGUUCCCCCAAAAUGUGCCUGCAGUGGGCACUGCAGAUGCAGACCGCCAGCUUGACACCACUGAAGCUGCUGAGAAAUCUGAGGAUCCGGAGGCCGUGAACCCUGACACUGAAGCUUGGCCAUUGGCUGAGUCCCAGGCAGAAGCAAUGCGACCUGCUUGUCUGGUGGCCCUGGGGAGAAAGCCUCUGGACUCCAGUCUGUACAUAGCCUGCGAGAAGAACGCCUACAUGCGCUCCAUGACCAGCUUGCUGGGAGGGGGCGAGGGGUCUAUCAGCCCCCUGGCAGACCUCCUGGUCUGGUCUGAGGCCACCAUGAGCGUGGCCACUGGCCUCCCGGCCUCGGGACACAGCUCCGUGACAGACCUGCUGCACAGCCCAGGGCCCAGCCUCUGCUCGGUCUCCAGCAUCGUGGGGAACGUGAGGUCGGCCUUCUCCUCCAGGCCAGUAGCUGGGACCCACUCGGUCCCCUCUGUCAGUCCCAUGCUGGAGAGGAUGGAGCAGAGGACUGUGGAAGGCAUCCGCUCAGCCGUGUGUUACAUGACCAGCCAACUCACCCCUCUCUGGUCCCAACUAUGA